GACAAUGGAAGCGCCGGAGGGAGGCGCGCGGAGCCCUGGGAACAGCCGCGCCGAGUCCGCAGCUCGUUGCUGGACCUUGGACUACCCGGUAGCUCUUGUAGAUGCUGAGAUCCAGGACUUGCCACGCUAACCGGGACAGGAGGGCGCAUCUGGCCCAGCAGCUGAGGUCUUCAGCGGCCCCGGCUAUGCACAGCUGUUGGUGGGGCUGAGUGGGCAAGCAGGAGACGGUUCUUCAGCACCCUUUGGGUUGGUGCGCCUCUUUUCUUCUAGCGUGUGCCCAGCCAGCCGAUCAAAAUAGAGUCCUUCAAGGUGAAAGUUGACUUUCUGAAGGUGCCCCUCGGCCUCAAGAAGCCCACUCUGAAGGAGGCCGCGGCCGCCUUGGUGGCUGUCCCAGGGUCCAAGCCCAUCAACGUGGAUCGCUACAAGGCUCGGCGCUCAGACAACAUGGACAACGAAUCACAAUAUUCGGGGUACUCCUACAAAUCGGGGCACUCGCGCAGCUCCAGGAAGCCCAGAGACCGGCGAGAGCGGCAUCGCUCCAAAAGUCGAGAUGGCAGCCGUGGGGACAAGUCGGUCACCAUCCAGGCCCCCGGAGAGCCCCUGCUGGACAACGAGUCAACCCGAGGGGACGAAAGGGACGACAACUGGGGUGAGACGACCACCGUGGUGACCGGCACAUCGGAGCACAGCAUUUCGCACGAUGACAUCACGCGCAUCACGAAGGACAUGGAGGACAGCGCCCACCUGGACUGCUCCCGCCACCUGGGGGUCUCGCUGGCGGGGGCCCUGGCCCUGCUCUCCUUCCUCACCCCCAUCGCCUUCAUGCUGCUGCCCCAGCUGCUGUGGGGGGAGCAGCUGAGCCCCUGCGGGACCCCCUGCGAGGGCCUCUUCAUCUCGGUGGCCUUUAAGCUGCUCAUCCUCCUGCUGGGCAGCUGGGCGCUCUUCUUCCGCCGCCCCAGGGCCUUCCUGCCCCGCAUCUUCGUCUUCCGCGCCCUCCUGAUGGUGCUGGUCUUCCUCCUGGUGGCCUCCUACUGGCUCUUCUACGGCGUCCGCAUCCUGGACUCCCGCGACACCAACUACCAGGGCAUCGUCCAGUACGCCGUCUCGCUGGUGGACGCCCUGCUCUUUGUCCACUACCUGGCCGUGGUCUUGCUAGAGCUGCGACAGCUCCAGCCCCACUUCACCCUCAAGGUGGUGCGCUCCACCGAUGGGGCCAGCCGCUUCUACAACGUGGGGCACCUCAGGUAAGGGCAGCGGAGGGUCAGGGGCUUGGGGGCAUUUCGGUGCGGUUCAGGGACA